UGAACACGUUUAGUGCACGUUGAAUCGCGCGACUGGUCAGUUUAGUUUAUCCCUUGCUUGCGAAAAGUCAAGUGAAUCUACUUGUCAACAGGUGCAAUUAUUCAAAUUAGUGACAUACGCAAAUGAGAUCCAACCCACCGGAUGAUCAAAAAUACAUCCUUUAUUUAGUUAAUGUCCGGCAUUUUUGUUAGGUGCUCUAUCGAUUAAUCAAAGAUGUAUCCUUGUCGUAGACGAAUGUCUACAAGAGAUAUUUUGGCUCUGAUGAUGGUUAUUUUAUACUUUAUUGGAUCUAUUAACCCGAUUGCUGCAGUUGAUAAAAACUGUGAAAAUGAUGCAGAUUGCUCAAGUAAUCAGUAUUGUUAUAAAACUUCUUAUAAGUGUGUGAAUUACACAAAAUGUAGUAUAUAUUUCCGACAAGAAGGUGAAAAACAGGCACAAUCAUCAUCCCAAUGUGGACCGUGCUUGCCAGGGUAUACUGCCGAAUUGCUCACAACUGGAAAACCAGCGGAAUUUUGCAAUAAAAAUAGUGGUCAUGCACCUAACGAUAUUAUUGGGGUUGUUGUUUAUAUUAUUGGAAGUCUUGCAAUAAUUAUUUUGAUUGUAGUAGUAGCACUACUUUUACGAAGACCAGCAACGAACUUCUACAACAAGAGUAAACUGUUGCCAUAUUUUAAAAAAUGUAGCUCAAUACCAACAGCUCCAAUUCCAGAUAAUGAUAACUGCUAUAGUCAACCCCCCUACUUUGAUGGUCCUCCAGAUUAUUCUGUUACAAAUAAUAAUCAUAGUGUCAAGGAUCAAAAUCGUCUCUUACAAGCAUUACCCACCGUUACACCUGCCUGGAUUGAAAAGAAUCCCAAUUAUACUGGUCGUGAUGAUCUUGAUGCAUCAUCAACAGUUUCCAAUAAUGUACCAGAAGAUGAAGAAACAAACCCGAGCAGUUGGACACCAGAGGGAGUAACAACAAUACAAGUUCCAGCAAGACCAUUCCAUCAGUUUGCUUCAGAACAACGUGAUAAUGUAAUAAAUCAUGUAACGGUAAGGGAAGAUUGCGCAUCAAACUCAGGACCAAAUGAAGAAACAACACAUGAACCAACUCCAGAACCGACUGAUAACUCUCAUACUACUAGUGAGCAUCAUGAUCUCUACCUUUCAAUUCAGCAUAAAAUGAAAUUAUCAUUACUUGCUAAAUAUAGAAGGGAUUAAUGUAUCACUGCCAAUCUUCUUGAUCUGCGAUAAUUAUUUUUUUCUAUAUAAUUUUUAUAUUAUUAUAAUAUUUAAUUUACAUUUACUAUUGUACGCUUUGAAACAAAUUUAAAUAUGAUAAAUUCUUACUGCUACUUUUUUAGCAAAUGAAAAUUUGUUAUAUAAUCGAAAAUUCUUAGGAAAUUAAUUAGAGUGAAUUUUUUUAAAUUCGGAAUAUCAUUGAUCCGUGAUAAUGUUUGGAAGAAUUAAUGAUAUCAUUACGGUUUAUUUGAUUAAAUCAAAUAUCUAGUUGUUAAUUUGAUAAAUAAAUUUACAUUACAGUCCAUACAUAGAUACCUCUUAAUGUUUACAUUAGUUGCCAAGAUAUUAUGUAAUUAACAUUUCAUGAAAGUUGUAUUGUGAUGAAUUUCAAACUUGUUAAAUAUUUAAAAUAUUUGAGGGUUUAUUAAAAGCUCAUUGUGACAAAUGAACUUUUAUGUUAGAAGCUCAUCAUUUUGGUUUAUAAUAGAGUGAAAUCAGCUCAUUUAUAUAAUAAGUAAUUAUCAUAUAUUUCGCUUUGUUAUUAUUUUUUAUAAUGUAAGUUCGAUAAGUUUCUCUGAUUAUUAUUAAGUUUUUUUAUGAUAUUUAUUAUAAGUACAACUUUAAAUGAAAAAAACUAUGAAUGCCAUAUCAUGUAGAUAAUUUCUACUUUCAUAAGAUGUAUUUAUGAAAACUGGGAUUUUUAAUUCUAGUAGUUCACGUUUUUGUAUUUUUUUGUUUUACAAUUUUUUGAACUUGUAUGAAGUGAGAAGAAGCAUGAAUAGAUGAUAGUGACAAAAAGUACGAGAAUGUUAUUCCUGAAUUGAAAAUGAAUUCUGUAAAUAUUAUUUGUUCGAAUAAACAUUAUAUUAUUAAUUUUUUAGACUGUA